AUGUCUCCUAUCGACCUUCGCAACCCCGGACGCCCGAUCCGUGUCGGCGUGAUUCUAUUCAACACAUUGACUGAGCACCUCGACGUUGCACCUGUGGGUUAUUUCUCGAGCAUUAGCCGCGAAUUUCUCGAGACUGUGCCUCUCUCCGAUGAGUUGAAAAAGGGCGCUCUGGAUUUCACCUUUCACUGGGUGAAUGAGGACGGCAAGACGCCUAAUAAGCUGACCGGAAACGUGAAGAUUGCCCCAACGGACUCUUUCGCCAGCUGCCCGCCCCUCGACAUCGCGAUUGUUGGAGCGAUGUCAUUCAACUACCAAGCCACCGAGGCCGAGAUAGCGUUUUUGCGAAAGACUCACGAUGACUGUACCGCACUCCUGCUUGUAUGUGCUGGAUUUCAACCCGCUCUUGUCGCUGGGCUGUUGGAGGGAAAAACUGCCACGGCGCCGCGUCCUUUUUUGGCCACGAUGAAGCAGUCGGCCCCUGGAGUCAACUGGAUACAGAAGCGUUAUGUGCGUGAUGGCAAGAUCUGGACAACAGGAUCGCUGUUGAAUGGGUUUGAUAUGGUUGCGGCGUUUGGAAGGGAGAAUUGGGGUGGUGAGGGGACUUUUAUCGAUGUCCUGACACAGGAGGGAGGGUGGCCAGACAGAGACGUGGAUUAUAAGGAUAUCCAGACGUGGGAUUUCUGA